UGCUUAUAAAUCUUGUAGUUAUUGCCUUAUUCCAUUUGCCAUGAUUGGCCAAAUGGAUAUGAUUGGGUUUUAGUGAAAGUUUGAAAUUUUGUUUUGUUUGUAUGUAUGUCUGUAUGCAUGUAUGUAGGUAUGUAUGUAUGCGUGUGUGUAUGUCGUAGCUGUUUUUUAUGUAAAUUCCAUCCCAUUCAUUUUAACGUAUCAGACUAAUCUCAUGAAUGACCUGGUCAAGAUCUGUUGAGGCAGGAUCAGGUCUGUAAGGGCAUGAAAACAUGCAGCCACUGAGGCUGCUGACAGAAUAGUGCCACGGGGCAUUCGUCACUGUCCAAGGUACUAGUUCUGGGCGUAACAUUUUUGUUACUAUUCUUUACUCUCUUAUAGAUUUUUUAAAAAUAAUUUAUCUGUUUGCUUGGAGUUAGGUCAUUUAUUUAGGUGGUAAGUAAUUUAGUUUGGUAUUUUGUUGUGGAUUCUACCAAGUCUUGUCCGAUUCAAAUAAAAAACGGCUAAACGGCUGAAAAACUUAAUUGCUAUGCCUACAUUGUCUUGCAUGUAAACACUGUAAUUGCAAUAAACAUUUAAUUCGCGAGGUGUCAGUAUAGAACUGGAAGACGGUUCAUGACGUAAAAAUAAAAUGCUUGUUGUGCCCGCCCUUUCAGUGACCACGGAUAUUUGCUAAAUAUCACGUAGAAUGAAGUGAGAACAUGCGUUAGUUUUAGGGCACUUUGUAGCCUAGUAUAGAGGAUAUUGUGGUCGUAUGCAGGAUCAAUUAGCAUUCGUUUGUCGUGAUUUUUAUGUGGACGUGUUGUAACCGCUCGAAAUGGAACAAAGGAGAGGCGCUUCAUGGCGAAAGAUACAUGUAAGACUUGCCUUCAUGGUUGUAUCGUUGCUGUUUGGAAGAGCGGUAUGGGCACAGAUACGGUAUUCUGUCUCUGAAGAGCAGAAGGAUGGUACCGUGAUUGGAAAUAUUGCAAAGGAUCUAGGAAUUGAUGCAAGAAGCUUAAGAGAGAGAGGAUUCCGCAUCGUGUCAUCCUCAGGGGAAUCACUGUUUAAGGUAAAUCAGAAUGACGGAGCGUUGUAUGUUAGUGGAAACUUAGACAGAGAGACGGUGUGUGAGAAAAGCACAUCGUGCACGAUCGUUCUCAAAAUCGCCAUGGAAAAUCCACUGGAGAUUCAUUAUGUGACUGUAGAGAUUAUAGACAUGAAUGAUCAUGCUCCUGUUUUUACUGAAAAAGAAACGCUCUUAGAGAUAUGGGAGUCGGCGUUACCCGGAACGCGUUUUCAGCUUCAGGAAGCCCACGACCCUGACAGCGGAUCAAAUUCUAUUCAAACGUAUAAACUUAUCCAGAACGUCCAUUUCCGACUCGAAGUCAAAGAUCGUGAUGAAGACGGCAAAAUUCCUAUUCUGAUAUUACAAAAGCAGUUAGACAGAGAAGCCGCAAAGAAUAUAAAAUUGUUAUUAACCGCUGUAGAUGGCGGAAAACCACCAAGAUCUGGAACAACGGAAGUAAUCAUAAAUGUGCUGGAUAUAAAUGAUAACGCACCUGUUUUCACUGAAGAUUCCUAUACUGUAAUGCUGCACGAAAACGUGCCUAUAGGUACAACAGUAAUACAGCUGAACGCCACAGAUUUGGAUGACGGCUCAAACGGCGAGAUUGUUUAUUCCAUAGGUAGUAAUGUGAAAAAUAAAUUACGCGAACUUUUUGAAAUAUCGCCGAUCACUGGUGAAAUCAUUGUGAAGGGAGUUUUAGAUUUUGAAGUUAAAGACAAAUAUGAGAUUGAUAUUCAAGCAUCCGACAAAGGGCUUGCACCAAUGAUAUCAGACAAGACAGUAACUAUAAAGAUUGUAGAUGUAAAUGACAAUGCGCCAGAGAUAGAGGUGACAUCAUUUUCAAGUGCCAUUCCAGAAGAUUCCAGAUCAGGGACUACAGUUGCUUUAAUAAGUGUAUCUGAUUUAGACUCUGGAGUAAAUGGAAAAGUUUCUUGUUCAGUACCUGAGGACAUGCCUUUCAGGCUUUUUUCUUCCUCACAUGAUAAUGUUUACUCGUUAGUUACAUCGUCAGCACUGGAUAGGGAAAUGGCAUCUCAAUAUGAUAUUACAUUAUCUGCAACAGACACAGGGAACCCGCCAUUGUCAUCUAUGAAGACUAUAACUGUACAAGUAUCAGAUGUAAAUGAUAAUAAUCCAUUGUUUAUUAGUUCCCCAUACACGUUUUAUGUAAUGGAAAACAAUACUCCAGGAACAUCUUUAUUUUCUGUAUUUGCUUUUGAUCAAGACUCAGACGAAAACGCAGUAAUCAACUAUCAGAUAUGGAGAGAUGAUCUCAAAGAGAACAAGUACACAUCUUUUAUCAAUGUAAAUUCUGAAAAUGGUGCCAUUUAUGGAUUAAAAAGUUUUGACUUUGAGACAGUAAAGAUGAUCCAGUUCCACGUGCUUGCUACAGAUUCUGGAUCUCCGCCACUAAGCAGCAACGUCACAGUGAAUGUGUUCAUUCUGGAUCAGAACGACAACGUUCCAGUGAUCUUAUAUCCAGUCAGUGCUAACGGUUCUGCUGAAGGUGUGGAGGAGAUUCCCCGCAAUGCCAACGCAGGACAUUUAGUGACUAAAGUGAGAGCCUAUGACGCGGAUAUAGGAUACAACGGCUGGUUAUUAUUUUCACUGCAGGAAGUGAGUGACCACAGUCUCUUUGCUUUGGACCGUUAUACAGGACAGAUAAGGACCCUUCGCUCAUUCACAGAAACAGAUGAGGCUGAACAUAAACUAGUCAUACUGGUCAAAGACAAUGGAAACGUUUCCCUUUCAGCAACAGCGACACUGAUUAUAAAAGUUGUGGAGCCCAAAGAGGCUUUUGCAACUUCUGACGUUAAAAACUCAGUAAAAGAAGAGGAAGAAACUAACAUUACAUUUUAUUUGAUCAUUACAUUGGGAUCGAUUUCAUUUCUUUUUAUCAUCAGUAUCACCGUGUUGAUUAUAAUGCAGUGCUCCAAAUCUACAGACUAUUCCUCCAAGUAUUUGCAAGAUACACAUUAUGAUGGGACACUGUGUCACAGCAUCCAGUACAGAUCCGGAGAUAAACGCUACAUGUUAGUAGGACCCAGAUCAAGUAUCGGUUCUACUCUAGUUCCAGGCAGUAAUAGAAAUACCCUUGUGAUACCAGAUCGCAGGAGGAGAACUUCUGGUGAGGUAAGAAGGACUUAUUUAAAAUGGCAAUUCCAGAGUUUACCCAUUACAUUAAGUUAAAUCCAAACGAUGUGCAA